AGUAAUUCGAAGAUAACCGAACAAUAGAGAGAAAAAUUCAAUCCUACACAUUGAUAGAGUUUUUACCAGGGAUUUUACCGCCCCAUUCUGACGUAUUUUAUUCGUCAUAAUAUUCGUUAGAAAAUCAACUCGGUGUUAUCUCGAAUCUCGAUAGUCGAUACAUGAAGUUGUGAAUUAUUCUGCAAAAGAUAUUAUUUUAUUUUUCAAUUCGUAUCGUUCGCACGAGCAUGUUCUAAUUGCAAGUGACCAAGUGUUGUGUUUUAAAAAUGAAGACCGGCUGUUUUGGACAAUCGCUUUCAGUAACGAUCACUAUCACGCUUUAUAUCACUGUGAUCGUAAACAUUUAUAACUUGAUUCUCGGCUCGUCAAAUUUUAAUGAUGCGACAAAAUUACUCUUCGGCCAUGAUCACGAAUUGGAAAUGUACCUUUAUUGGACCAUCAUAGGAGAAACGAUUUUCUCAAUAUUCGCCAUCAUGUUCGGCACCAAGCAGUACACAUCUUAUAUCAUGUUCUCGAUACGAUUUUGGACUUACGGAUUAACUUUCGCGACCAUGUUUCUGGACUGUGUGUUCACCUCGAUGGCUUCGUAUUAUUUAAUCAACACACCCGAUUUACGUGAUUAUUGGGAAAAAAUCAAAAAUAUCGAUUGGAAUGAACCCAUAAUACCGCCGGCGCCGAUGGUACCUCUGUAUAUUCUCAUAGCUGCCUUAUGUUAUUGUGUGUUCAAAUCUUACGCAGCUAUCACGAUACUACGAGUACAAAAUAUAUUCAGUAAAGGCAGCAGUAUUACACGUGAUGGUGCAUACGCCACAAGCCAUGAUAACGAUAUCGAACGAAAUGAAAAUACAGUUUCACCUCCUCCCAGAUACGAGCAAUGUGUAUUAUUAUCCGAACCACCACCUCCAUACAGCGUUACCAUUCCCAAAGACAAUUAGCGAUUGUGAUUUUAAUUCAAUUAAAAAGAUCCUAGAUCGAGAUCACACUUAAGGUAAAUUUAAAGGCUCUCUUAUCGUUCGAAUUGAAAUGUUCCUUUUAAUUAUUAUUUUGUAUUUUUGUAUUGUAUUGAUCACAACAAACGAAUGUGUAGAUAUUCGUAAACUUUAUUGAUUUGUUUCUUUGAAAAAUUUACCAAUUAUCUCGUUUUUAUAUAUUUUGCCCAAGAUUUUUGUGAUGUUUUAUAUUUUAUUUGUUUAUUGAUUUUUUAUUUACGAUUUUGCAUUCGAUGUACCUAGUUUAUAAGAUUAUACAAUUGAAACAUUAAAUGAGAUUUUUAUUACGCGAUGAAA